CAGCAUGUUUAUAAUUCCUUCUCUCUAGAGUUGGUCAGGACAUACAAAAUCAGCAUUCGUGCAUACUGGGCUUCUGUUUGUGUAAAUCGGUCAUCCAAUUAAGCUCCUUGCAUUGACCUCUAUAAGUUGGCUCCUUGACACAUUUUUAUGGCCCUAUCGAACUGAUCCAUCACGUUGACUUGAAGUUCAAUAUCCGCAGCUUCAUACCAGACCAGAUCACCAACAAUGGCCUGUGAGAUAGUUGAGAUUUCUCACCAUAUUAAUGUGAAUCACAAGCAAGCCUGUAGUGACCUUGAGAAGGCCAGUCUAUUCAUCACAGAAGCAUUGCAGAGGGAGAUCCAGAGGAACACAACUCUGUGCAUGUUAAUUCAACGUCUGGAAAAGAGAGCAGCUGAGAAUGGAAGGAGCCUAUCAGAGCAGGUGGAGUCAAACUGCCAGCUGCAGCUCCAGGUGGAUGAACUACAGACACAACUGGAAGACAAAGACAACUCGUUAACACAAGCCAAACAGAGUAUUGCUGUCCUGAAGAAUGAACUGGGGGACCUGAAACAGCAGCUGCAGAUCCAUCAUAGGACAAUUGAGGAAGUGACUGAGUGGCAACAGGAUGAGAGUCUGGCCAAUAUUGUGAAAGAGGAGGAUGGUGUCCAGCAGCAGGUUGUUGCAGUUACAGUUAAAGAGGAAUAUGCUAUUGAUGCAUAUCCAUGUCAGUCAGAUAAGACGGAUACCUCCAUGGGACAGACGCACUCUUCAUUUGCAGGCAUUAGAACGGAACUAGUGCAGGAGGAAGAUGAAAAGUCAGACAUGACUCCAGUCGUCAGCUCUGAUCCAGAUGCAGUCAAUUUUUUGAGAUUGUCAGUACGAUUGGUUGAUUGUUGUGUAACACAAGGUCAUCAAAGAACAACCAGCGAGAACAAUAAAGAGGGAGAAACCCCCAAUAAUGUAGGGAUAACGGGGGAGGCAUCAGAAUUGCCACCGUCUGCAACCCCCAAAUUCACAGCCAUCCCAGAGACCGAGGUGGAUAAUGGGAGGCCAUAUAAGUGUCCUGUCUGUGGAGAGCAUUUCUCCUCAACGUCAGUAAUGGAAAAGCACCAGCAGGACACGCACACAAUAGAGAAGCCUCCUCUCGAACAAGACCAGCACACACGCACAGGAAAAACGCCCCACCACCACAAACGGCAUGGCAAACGUGUUACGAGGAGGACAAACGCUCUCGCCGCAAACAAGCACACUGACACAGGGCAGAAGCGCCACCACUGUGGGCAAUGUGGGAAAAGUUUCAAGCUUCCAGGAAUACUUGCAAGGCAUCAGCGCGUCCACACAGGAGAGAGGCCUCACGAAUGCGCACAGUGUGGGAAGGCUUUCACGGUAGCAUCAAACCUCUCUAGACACAAGCUCAUCCACACGGGGCAGAAGCCCUACCACUGUGGACAGUGUGGGAAGAGCUUUACACAAGAAAUGCACCUCACGCGGCAUCAGCUCAUCCAUACAGGAGAGAAACCCUUUCAAUGCACAGAUUGUGGCAAAUACUUUAGACAUUCGGGAAAUCUCACAACGCACCGCCUCAUCCACACAGGGGAGAGGCGCCACCAGUGUGGACAGUGUGGGAUGAGAUUCACUGAAGCAGGGUCCCUCGGGAGACACAUGUUCGUCCACACAGGAGAGAAGCCUCACCGGUGCACAGGAUGUGGCCGAGCUUUUAGUCAUUUGUGGAAACUAAGAAGGCACCUGCGCAAGGCACCUACCCAUACAGGAGACAAGACUACCCAACCACCACUCUAAAAAGUGUGUCAAAGGUUGUCUACAUAUUUCAACCACUGUGCCGCCGGAAACACAAGUGUGCCUUGAGAGAUUGGCAGGUGUGCCGUGGAAAAUGAUCUAAUUUCAACUUUUUUGGUCUAAACAUUUUUUAUUUAAUUUUUUUUGAAAAAGAAUUACAUUAUUUGCAAAUAAUAUGCCACUGUCUGGUGCAGGGACCAUUGACAUAUAUACAGUGACAGUAUGAAAACUACCUCCAUUCCGAAGUUAUUCAACUUUAAGCGAGGGUUACUUUAGCUAAAAACAGAGUUUUCCUCCAUUCAAACUGAGAAAAAGCCUUUUUUGUCACGGGUGCGCUAUUUGACUCUCCAAGUUAAAAUUGAGGAUUUAAAUGUAUUUUUAUGCCCGAAGAACAACUCCAUUAGCUGUUUUGAUUCUCUAGGAAUUAACUUUGGCACAGGAGAUUUGACGUGACGUGACGUGAUCAGGAAGUGGUUUGAUUUGCUGUAAGAAACUCACACUGUGUGUGUGAUAAAAUGCACAGAUGAUGAAAUAUCCAAAUCCAAAUCUUUGUAAGUUUGUAGGAGUUUUGACUUUGUUUGUGUCAGUUCUGUUCAUCACAUAAUAAGAAAAUCACACAGAAUAUGCAUUAGAAUGUUUAGAUUCAGAAUCCAUUAAA